AUGGGUGCCGGCCAGUCAACUGAAUAUGCUGGAUCAUCACCAGAGGAAUUGAGCUACGUGCUCGCGGACCGUUUCGCUACGACAUGUUUCACACCACUGGAGCUGACUCACUUCAAGGACAAUUUCUUUUCUCGCGCCGCAAACCAAGGCGGCCUGAGAUACUGGAAUGAAAAGAUCCUGUCAGAUUUCUUGGGCAUCCCCGAUGGCAGCUACUCAUCCGCGCAUCAGCACCCUUUGGAUGCGGGCCCUGUUGUUUUUCGCAUGGUCUCGUACCUGGGCGCAUUUCCAUUUCAAAACACCUUGGCGCCAAGCGUGUUGAAUUUCGAGGCUAUGGUUAAGGUGGUUGUGCUGCUGACCGAGCGGUAUGGGAGGGUGCUGAGACGGGGACGCAAGGACCGCAUCAAGUUGCUGUUCGGCAGUCUGGCUGAUGUUGGGAGAAAACAACCUGUGCAUGCCCCAGACCAAGACACCCAAAAGGGCAAUGAGGAACCCGCCGCUCAAGAAGCCGAGGCUGCUGCCGUUCAGUCUCAUGCCCCCGGGUUCUCUAUUGAUGCGCCGGUGAACGACGAGUACGACGAAGACGAGGACGACGAUCUUGCUCUGGCGGCAUUGGAGUCUCUGGACGCAAUUGAAGUCUUUAAACACGAUCAUCGCGUUGACCGCACGGUCUACGAAACCCGCAUUUCUGUUGAUACCCUCCGUCGUCUACUCAUGCUGCUCCUUGUGAUCGCGCCGCUGAAGCCUCUUGAAUCCGUGAAAAUAUACACUUCUGAUCUGGAUGCCGAGCGGAUGGAGGCCAUUAAAAAAGAGGCUGACAGCAUCCUCGCGGCAUUUUCACAAGAGGAGCACGAUGGCGGGAUUUCUUACCGGUCAUUCGCAAGAACGAUAUAUUCGUCUUUAACGUACCUCUUUGAUCCGUUGACGCCUUUAUUCGAGCAUCUUUUGUUCAGCAAGAACCUAGAUCUCUCUCAAAAGCGAAAGAGAGGUGCCGUUGCUGAAGAAGAAAAUGGCGAGAAAGCCGAAGAGACUCCAUCACCAGUGCUCGUCACGCUCCCGGGUAGCUUCGAGUCAAGCAUAUUAAACUCGACCCUUACUUCUCAUCUUUCAUUCUUCCUUCCGUCUACCUCUUCUUCACUCAAUCUCUUCCGAAGCGGUGUCCGCCUCCACCCGGUGUUCUCUACCACAGCCCACGGUUCAUCACUAACCUCUUUCUCCCACCAUGUUUUAACCUGGCAAUCCGCCACCCUCUUGAUUCUUCAAGGUGCACCAGCAAAUUCGUCUGGCAACGACCUCGUGACAUUGGGCGCCUACAUUCCCCAGACCUGGAAGUCCUCUUCCAGUCAUAGUACCGCCUCAAACCAGGGCUCGGACUCCCUGCCCUGUCUUUUCCAGCUCUCUCCAUCACACCUACUCCUCCCAGGGAACCCAUCCCCAUCCAUCCAAAAGCAAUGCAACACCCCCGCAGCAUACUUCUCAAACCAUUCCGGCAUAGCUAUCGGCUGCCAGAUCCCUCCCCCAUCACGCAGCCACCACGCCCACCCCACCCCACACGGCGCCGGAAGCCUUCUAAUCGACGUAAACCUCGAGACAGCCGAGUUUCAUGCCGCCCCCAUCGGUAAAGAAGGGGUCUUCCUACCUCCUGGGACCGCAUCCCCGGAAGAUACCCCGACCAAGACCCGUCUCGAUCUCUAUACCCUCGAGAUUUGGGGUAUAGUCCCUGACCCAGAACUGGCCGCGUCCACAGACCCAAGCUCGACCGCGGUCGAGAUGCAACGCGCCAAGUGGGACUUCGAAUCCCGCGAGGCUGAACGGCGUCGCAAUAUCAACCUGAAGGCCGGCGCCGGUGACUCGGCUCAGGAAAGUGCGCGUUGGCUUUUGGAGACGGCAGGUAUAAUUGGGGACCAGGGGCAGCAUUCUGGUGGCAGUGUUUGA